UGACAGUUUUGACUUAAAUAAAUAUCCUUUCUUUAGCUUUUUCUGCAGUUCAAAUAGUAAAUGGUAUUGACCAACUCUUAUUAAGUUGAUUUAGUGGUGGAUUCAGAGUAGAAAGUUUAAUAUAAAAAGUAAUAUAUCAAUCAACUUAUAAAAUAAUCAUUUAUUUCUUUCUUUACAUUGGCAACACAGGCACAGGUCGGCGUCGGCGUGGGUUUUGCAAAGCUCCCGACGAGAGCCUGAAGGGGAGGAUAUAUAAACGCGAAUAUAAUUUAAAAGGUUAAAGUCACAUGCAGACCUGAAGAGAACCUGAGGGAAACAAAUACACACGUUAAAUUUGAGGUUUUUCCGGUUGAUGAGCAGCUUCGACAUGUCUCAACAAUACAGCCUGCGCUGGAACAACCACCAACCCAACUUCAUAGCGUCGUUUUCCCAGCUGCUCUCCACUGGAUCCCUAGUGGACGUGACCCUAACGGCGGAGGGUGAGACUCUGCCCGCCCACAAAAUAGUUCUCUGCGCAUGCAGCCCCUAUUUCCACUCGGUGUUAGUGAAGAACCCGUCUAACCACCCCAUCGUAAUUUUGAAGGAUGUCACCUUCGCACAUCUGCAAACAAUCGUCGACUUCAUGUACACAGGCUCAAUCAAUGUAACGCCGGAGGAGUUCCCAAAGAUAAUGGCGACAGCGCGGAAUCUGCAAAUAAAGGGAUUGUCGGAGAUGCCAAACAGCACCACGCUGACGGACCUGCAGCCCGGGGUCUCCGUGGACUCGCAGAGGCGCUCCGUGUCGCCCAUGCAAGAACCCAGUGCGAAGCGCAAGAGGCGCAGGAAGAGCUCGUCAGGUUCCGCGCCCGUGGAACUGAUUCCCGAGGAGAGCGAACCGGAGAACACCCAGGUGGAGUCCAUCACCCUCAGUAGUUUGCCGCAACAACAGCAGGGGAGAGAAGACAGGGAUCCAGAACUUGCACAACAGUCGACCGAGUCUCAAAAUGCAAAUGUAAUGCCGCAAUCGCAUUUAGACGCAAACUCCUCUUUACAAGGAGGUCAGUGGGGUAUGAUGGAGCACACGUACCCCCGGUAUAACGCGUGUGCGGGGCCCGGCAUGCCACAGGACUCCGGUAUGUAUCUCAAUAAUGUGAUGGGCGGCCACGUGACCGACAUGAACGCGUACGGGCAAGGCCUCGGCGUGCCCGGGCCCUCGCCCGGCCCCAGCUGCGUGCCCGAAUCGCAACAGACCCCUCAGCAGAUGAUCCCGAAACGAAGGCGCACCACGAACCCUCAGUCCGAAGAAAAGUUCCAAAGAGCGUUAGACGCCGUUCGAUUCGGCGGCAUCGGUUUCUGCAAAGCGGCGAGACUAUUCGGCGUGAACAACCGCACGCUAUGGCUAGAAUACAAGAAAAAAGGCUACCCCAACAAUCGACCUAGUAUUCGCAGUAGGAUCAAGCGCGAGCACGCCUCCCCCCCACUGGAACACAAAGACGACAAUCAGCAACCGGAACAACAAAUGGCCCUGCUCUGUCCACCGCAUUCUGUGCCCGUCGGUUUCAUCGACAGUCGCCCGCUGGACUUUCCCCUCCAAGGAGUGCCGCACCAUUCGCCCCUGAAUAUUUUAGGGGUUAAUUUUAACUCGAUACAAUAGAACGCGGCGUGCGGCGCGGGCAUCGACGAGUCGUACUCGUUGUGACCCGAGUGGGGCGAGGUCAACGCCCCGCCCGCCGCCGCCGUCGCGCCUCGGUAUGAUAUCUACAUGCAUAUGCCGCUGUAACCCCCCGCCAUAAUGCGGGCUGGGAACUCCUCAUGGGAUAUGCCAUGGAAUAACAAAAAAAAAAAACUGAAAGUAUAAUGGGAAUUCUUAAUUCGAAAAUUCGCAUUCGCAAUUCGAAAUAAAAUCGAACGUUGCAUUAAGUAUAUUUAAGGAAUAUUGAAUAUUUAGCAAGUUAUGUAUUACACUAUUUAUUUAAUUAAACUUGAUUCCUUUUGGAGAUUCCACACAAGUAUACACUUGUGGAGUUUCCAAAGGAAAUCAUAUGGCAACGAAGUAUAGACUACAUUGCGUUUUACGUUGCACUUUGAUGAAGAUUUUCGUGAAUGAGAGGAAAUAAAAUUUUAAAAAAUAUAAUUCUUUUGUUAAAGUUAAAAGUAGAAGUAGGUAUGUAUGUAGGUAGGUAGUUUGCGCCAAAAAGAAAGUUACGAGAAUCGCUAUUUCUUUUCCACAGUGCGUCGUACAUUCUUAAAAUCUUUUUUCAUAAGACAAUACAUUGUAGUCAUAAUAUUUUGAAAAUUCUACAUGAGUAAAUCUUUCGACGACUUUUCCAGAGACAUUUCUAAAUAAAUUACACUACAAAACAAUCUAAAGCGGAUUCACGAAAAUCUUUAUCCCAGUGCAACGUAAAACGCAAUGUAGUAUAUAUAUACUUGGUUGCCAUAAAUAAAUAUUUAUCAUUCUCAAAUGCAAUGUUACUAGUAUCGAAAAGAAGAAUGAAAUGUAUCUAGAGACUGAAACUCCCAUUAUGCAAUUUCGGAUGAUCGUUAGAAGCAGGACGAUAGAUAAACAUUCAAUUAAUCUUUGGCAUAACACGUGCGUUCCCACGGCCCACGGAUCUCAGUAGCAUAGUUAUAAACUGGUCGGUACUGACAUGUCGUGCACAAAUAGGGUACUUUUACGUCAAAUAAAAUUGUGAUAGCGAAUUGUAUAGUGCGAUGCGUGUUUCGCGUUAGUUGUAAGAGAAAGAAUGGCAGGUUACAUUCAGUUAUUCAGAACUACCUCUCUUAUAGUAUUCUUUUGUAUGUUGUUUUUUACAAUUUUUUAUUAACUUGUAGCAGCCACCAAAAAAUUAAGAUUUAGGUGUAGUUUGACACAGAAUCAAGUAUUAUUACCAGAUAGGAUUUCGUUGCGGUCAUGUAUGAUAACUUAUAUCGAAGAAAGUAAAGAAAAUAAUAAUAUUUACUCAUAUUAUACAUAUGUUUGCACACGUCUUUAUAAUUCACAACGCUGUGUGACCCAUGCUACUCAUGAACGUGGCAAUUAUUUAAAAAAAAAUCAUACACACACACACUACAUUUUCACAAUGAAACUAAGAAUGUAAAAAAUGUUACAUGUGUUUUGUGUGUGUUAACACGUGCAAAUAAAUAAAAAAAUCGUAACGUGCAAAAUCGUAACGCAUUUAUAUCUGAAUUGUAUAUUUAUAUACAAAUAUUGUUUAUUUUCAACGGAUUAUUUAAAUGUAACAUAUAAGCAUUGCAUACUUAUUGUAUUCGGAAUGGCUGUUAUAUGAGCUUAUUAAGGCUUAUUUAAACUUUCGCGUUGCAUAAUUAUAUACUAAAUUAAACGCGCACAUACCUUUUCUAUUUCCCAGACGUUUCGGACCUUGUUACAAAGGUCCGUGGUCACUGGGCGACUGGGAAAUAGCAAAGGUAUGUGCGCGUUUAAUACCUGUUAUUUAGUAUAUAAUUAUGAAGGGUCCAUCGUGUGCCUUUUUCAGUCCGCCAUAGAGCAUAAAAUAACUAUUACUAAAGUCAAAUUCAAUAAGGUUGGCCAUAAAGUCAUUGACACCCGCGUACUAUGUUUUCCCAAUUUCAAAAACGACAGUUUUUGGAAUAUAUGAAAUGUAUCGCAAAAUUGUGUAAACACGGUAACUUUGUAUAGGGUCAUACAAGUAGAAAUCGUCAACAUUUAUUUAAAAGUACACGAUAUUAUUUCUAUCUUCCUGUGUUGAUUUGUUACUCUUUACGUUUUAACCACUGCAGUCUUGGCUUUUCCACAUUAGAGGGACCGGGUUGUGGUUCCAUUUUAAACAAAAAAAUUAACAAAGAAAACAAAUUUCAAAUAAACAUAUUGUGCGGCUGUCAAACAAAAUGGCAGCCGAAAGUUGUCAAUCUCUUGUCAUCGGUAAGUGGGAGCAAUGAACUUUAUGGCCAGUCUACAUGAACGAUACUUUAAUCGAUAAGUUAACAUACAAAGGCCGUCGUGAAAUCGAUAUCGAGUGGGGGUUAACGUUUACAAGUUAUUUUCUGUCGUUUACCCCCAAGUAUCAUACAGGUUGAUUGUUUGAGUUUGACAGUGAAAUUUUGUAUUAGUAACCGCCUAGUGAAGUCGUAGCUAUAAGUUUACUUUAUAUUGUGUUAUUAAGAACAAAUAUGUUAGCGAUAGGAAACCAUGCAUUUUAUAAGAACUUAACCCAGUCAGGAAAAAAGGUUUGAUUUUAUACUUCACAUAUUUUUAAUGAUCAUGUGUAUAGAUAUAUUAUUAGGCACAUUAAUUUAGUAUAUAGUCGUAACAGAAUUUAGUAUCUUUAAUGUAAUACUGUGGUCACACUCGAACAAAUAAUUGCUUAGUUAAUCGUUUGAAAAAAGUCGAGCAGUCGGAUGUUCUUAUAACAAUUUAAAUUUUAUACUUGGUUACCGUUUACUUAAAGCCUAGAAUAAUAUCCGCCUUAUGUCAAACACUCAUAUUAAAAUUAAGUUUGUUCAGCGAUUGAGUUAACUAAAAUGACAUUUGAAAAUGAUAAUUUAGAUAAUAAAUACGAUGUAAAAGUGUGAUCGCAGUUAAAUUAUUGCAUUUUCGUAAUCGGUGCAUUUACGUGAUAUAGAAAGAUCCGCAUGUUGAUCGUCGAUUGAUCUCGAUCCUUGUUUGUAUAUUUUCACAGACAUUUGUCAUCACUCGUCUUUUAUAUACAGUAUUAUUAAAAUCGAUUCUAAGGCCUUAUUUGAAACGUCCGGAAAGGGAAAUGCAUAUUUAAUCUUAUGUCCUGUACAUAACAAAACUCCAUUUGUACUUCGAGAAAGGAAAGUAACACAUUCGAACUAGAGUUUAUAUUGAGGCCGGAGACGAAGUCGAGGGCUGUGAGCGCACAACUUGUGAAUUGUACUUUCUUUCGAGUGAUACGAGCCAACACUGAAUGGCUACUUGUAAAUAAAUAAAAAAAAGUAAUAAGAUUGAAGUUUGAAAAUAGAACUCAAUGUUAUUGAGUGAGUAUAUAAUUUCUUUCAUUCAUUUGUUAUAAGAUUUGGCGGCAAAUUGGAAAUUGUCUCUGCACUGCACGUCAGCAUAAAUUUAGUGCGAGAAAAUGUUCGUGGUACAACGGUAAUAUUGGAUUUUUCUCCGCGCCUAAGAAUUAUUUCGCAUUAUUGUCGAAUUUAAUUACAUACUUUUUACAUGAAAUAUUAUUAUUUCCUAUCAGGUGUCGUAUAAAAUAAUCAAAACACCUAUGUGCCAAGAAACAUCAUAUUAAAUAAUCAUAAAAAUAUUGUGAUUGGAAAUCAUAACAUAGAUCAUUGGCACGCAUAACCUUGACGACAUCAAGCCAGCAUUUCUUGGGUUUGCUCCUUCUGUACGGACCAGGCAGGGAGCGGCAUGGCCAGACAUUUGUUUCCUAGGUAAUGCGGUGCCAUUCAAGGCAAUACGUUUGUCCAGAAAUAAAAUCAUCACAGGUAUUUUUUCAAAUCAAAUUUUAAACUAUAUACCUAGUAUUUCGCAUUAGUCAAAUGUUUGAAAUGCUUUCACUUGAGCGGCUCAUAUUAAAAUUUCAUUUAUUUAAAUAUUUAUAAAUGAAAUACUAAUCUGAUGCAUUUAUUUUAUAUCUACAUAUACUUAGUACUAUAUACAUUUUUAGCGAUUAUGUUUGAAGUGUGAAUAAUCUCAGAAUUGCAGCUUAGCUUAAAACAAUUAAGGAAGACAAAGGAAUUCAUAUUGAUGCAUAUGUGUAUUUGCAUCAAAUCCGUUCACUAUAUUUAUUCGUUUGUUAUACAACGAUUCCUAUUGUAUUAGGUGCGAUCUCUAUGAUUUUGGACUGAUUUUUUUUUCUGCAUAACUAGCGAAUGUGUGCCGGAAGUAUUGCAUGUGUAUAUACAGCAUGACUUGAAAUAUAAACGGACGUCAUAUUUCUAGUCACACUGUAUGCCUGUAUAUAGGUAUAGCAUAGUUGUAUAUAAGAUAAUCUUAACAUAUUGAUCGAUUUGCUGUAGGGAAGACUGGUAAAGUUGAAUUUCUUAUCGAUUCAAUUUGAUUAAUAUAUAUAUAGUGCCAUUAUUAUAAUUCAGCUAAAUUUAUGGAUUAAUUUUUAUUUCAUUUUCUUUUAUAUCGUAAAAAAAUGAUUAGAUUCAUUAAAUUAAAACUUAAAUUUAAUAUUUAAUAUAUAUUUUGAAAAUGUGUGUUUUUUUUACCAAUUUAAAUUUAUUGUUUACAGUCGUUUUUCUUUAAAGGCAGCGAUGAUGUGUGGCAACGUUCAUAUAUAAGAAUAAAAUAAUAGUAAAUAGUUUUUUUUACAGUUGUAAAGUUACCUUUUUAUAACCAUGACUGCAGCCCGGCCUACCCUAGCAAUUAAAACACUCCUGGAAUGAUAUGAAUGGGGUAUAGAAUUCAUUUUUGAUAUGCAGAUAAUGUGUCCCGAAUAAAACCAGAAUCAUCAUCGUCUAAAAACAAUUAUUAUUUUUUUGCUAGAUAUAUUGCGCAUGAGCAGAGAGCUUAUGUUUGUGCCUAGAAAAUAAAUCGCGUACGUCUUCAGGUUUUCGACACAUAAGCUCCAUGCCCAUGCACUUUUUUCUUUUCAUGAGCGGGAGGUUCGCAGAGCGUUUCGGUCGCGCUGUCAUUAUAUUUUUUAAAAUUUUAACAAAGACAAGAAUGAGUUUUACUAUAUGACUUUACAUUCAUUACUCUGCACUGUAGUAAUGUUAAUUUUAUGAAUGAUUGAUUUUGGAAGUGAUUCCAUCUUCAAGAAAAUUGACGGAUUGUAAUGACCGCGCAGCCGCAGCUGCCGAAACGCUCUGCGAACCACCCGAGCAGCGUUAUUUAGAAGAAAUUGUUUUUCGUUUUUAAAGACAGGCACUUGAUUUUUUAUUCGGAGCCCAUGAUCGCCCAUGAUCGCCCAUGAGCACACCGCACACUAUAUGUCUUAAACAUAUAAUUCUAAUCAUUUUACACCAACGAAACGUUGUAGGGGAACUUGCAUUCGCGAUCACAACGAAUGUGACGCAGUCAUUGUGAGCUUGGAAUAUACGUGAAUGAUAAUUUAGUUACCGUUAGAAAUAUCUGGCCACGUGGUCGGACUUUUGUCGGACGGCGUGAACUUUUUUGCUGUUGUUUUGAUUAACUAAUGUGAAUAUUAAAACUUGUCACUAUCUUACACCACAUGGUCCUCCCAAUCGAAAGACUUGAAUAAAGUAUACAUUUUUCCAAUGAAGUAUGAAUUUGUCACAGCCAACUAAUUAUAUGGAAUAGCCGCACAGUUAGUUUAAAAUAUUUAAAAAAUAACUACUUAAUAAUCACAUUACAAUAGGGCAUUAUUGUUCUGAUCGCUUAAUAAGUAAACUAAGUCCUGUAUUUUGUUCAUAAAGAAAGCAAUAAAUAAUUUUAAUUAGGUACCUGAAGCGAAAGGUAAUGCAGUCUCAUUUUUAGGUGUUAAAAUCUCAGUCAAAAUUGUAAUUUGUAUUAAAAGAAUAUUUUGCGCGUUAGUUUGUAAACGACAUGAAAGAAGAAUCGGUUUUAUAAUAUUUCAUGGUCAGUCCAGACGUUUUUUUGCGAUUAAUCUCGCGUGAAAAAUUGUUAUAGUCGUUAUAAAAACAGUAUAAUUACGACUAUGGGUGGUUCGCAGAGCGUUUCGAAUGCUGCGGUCGCGCUGUCAUUACAAUUUUUAAAUUUUAACAAAAACAAGAAUGAGUUUUACUAUAUGACUUUACAUUAAUUACUCUGUACUGUAGUAAUGUCAAUUUUAUGAAUGAUUGAUUUUGGAAAUGAUUCUUCAAGUAUAUUGACGGAUUGUAAUGCCAUCGCAGCCGUAGCGGUCGAAACUCUCUGCGAACCGUCCCUAUAGAUAUGAUAAAGGAAUAUAUUUCAUUGCUGAAAGCAAUUUUAGCCGAGAUCUACUUAUAGAAUCUUAUGCAUAUCGUAGGGGCAAUGAAGGUUUAUGCCCUAAAUAUUUUCCCUCUAGUAUAUUUUAAGUUUAGUGCGUGGGUUGUGAAAAGAAUAUUAUAUGUAAUGCGAUUGUUUUGGAACGUUGUCAGUUGUGUCCCCUUAUAAUACAAUGUGUAAUUUUUUUUUACAUAAUAUUUCUUAGAGAUCUCUUUGUGCAUAAAACUAAGAAAUGUGAAGUGUACUUAAAUUGAUGAAUAUGUAAAGUAUGUGAUUCCGUUUGGAGCUGUGUUUUAGUUUCAAUAUCAAUGUCGAAAUAAUGAUCUUAAAGGAUGUUGAAAAGUGACAGCGAUAUCUUCUUCUCGACACUACUCUUUUGUCAAUAUGGCCCAGUAACUGAGUAUAAUGUCGACUAUUGAUAUUGGCUUUGGUGGAAUGGUGGCCUGGUUAUAGUUAUGCGCUAAAUGGUAAGCAAAAUGUGUCGUUGUUAGUUGAUUUCUGAAUGUAGCGGUAAAUUCAGUAUAUAUAUUUUAUUAAGGCUAUCAAUAAAUUGGUUUUCGUUUGUGUCGUAUAAAUCCGCCAUUAGCUUAGAUGUUGAUUGAUAUUAAAUAGGGUAGUUGCCAUUAAGUCGAAUUAGACACUUGUUUGCAUGUGUCAUAAGCAAAGAAUAUGUUUUUAUCAACGGGCACAAGUGACGUCACAAAUGUUGACGUUAAUGAGAACUAAAAAAUAAUAAAUGUGUACUAAAAAUAAAAUCGAUCAAUAAUAUUGACAUUUCAUUGUGUUGAAUUAUGCAAAUGCAUUGAUUGUGUUUAUUUUAUACACAGGCAACUACGUGUAUACGUUUAGCUAUAACUUUGGCCAAAUUCUAAUAUUAGCACUGGAUCGUUGCUUUCACUAUAUCACAAAUAGUACUAACACCCAUACAGCUGACAAAGCAAUUAUAAAUUUGUAUUAUGUAUAUUGAUGUCAACUUUAAUAUGAAUAUGAACUAUUUUUAAAAAGGCAUUUCUUUGUACAAGAAGUGUUUUGUAUUUGUAUAAAAAUGUGCCGUAUCUGAAAUUUGAUAAUGUAUGAAAGAAGUAUUUGUAUAUAAAAUAUUUUACUUAAUAAUUUGGAAAUAGUGUACAUCGUUCUCACUGUGCAUUUACCGGGCUCCAAUAAAAAAAAUAAGCAUUUAUUGUAUUUUAUAUAUGUUAGGGCUAAACCGCGAACUGCGGCUAGACCAAGGUUUGGCUGGUACAGGUGCAGUCGGUUUAUUGAUUGUUCGUCGACUCACGCCUAAAUUGGACCCGGAGUGAUGUGCCAGUGAGAUAAACCAGUGUAAAUUACGAGAAUUUGUGCGUAGCACUAAAUAAUAACAUGUUCUAUCUCUACCAAAAUAGUUAGCAUCAAAUCUCGGCUCAGCUUACGACGGACGUAUCGGCGACAGAGUCGCGUGCAGUCUGAGCCUGGACCCUCCGACACCUCGCCCCCCAUCGACACCACGGCCCUACCGAAACAAGCCUCG